AUGUACGGCUUGAUUAUUGAGAGUAUUUGCGAGUACCUCCGGGACCGCUACGGGGAGGAAAAAUGGAUGAUGAUCAGGGAACGCGCCGGCUUACAGAAAUUCACCUUCGCUACCCAUCAAAUAUACAGUGAAAAGUUUAUUCCUCGCAUUACGAAUGCCGCUAACGGUGUUUGUUGCGUGGAGAAAAAGGACUUAAUGCUCUCAUUUGGUGUCUCAUUUGUUGGAUUUGUAGGCAAAUAUGGAUAUGACAGAGUUCUCCGAGUUCUGGGCCGCCAUAUGAGGGAUUUCCUAAACGGCUUGGACAAUCUACAUGAAUAUUUACGUUUCAGUUAUCCAAUGAUCAAACCGCCAAGCUUUUUCGUAACAGAAGAGACUGCCAAUGGACUGACCCUAAUUUACCGUAGUAAACGAAAGGGAUUUCUACACUAUUCAAUUGGUCAGCUGAAACAAGUUGGUAGGAAGUUUUAUAAUUUAGACAUUCAGGUGGAGGUGGUGUCGGAGGAUGUGAAAUCAGAUAAUACAUUCGGUGCGGUUUUCAGACUUUACUUUGACAACAAAGAGUUCAAAUCGGAUCUUGGCUCGACUUUAAGGACUCGCGAGAACUGGCAUAUCAAGAGCGACGAUUUCUUUGAACUGUUUCCAUUUUGCGUGGUUUUCGACCAGGAUCUAAUCAUUCGACAUGCUGGACCGAAACUCAGCACAGUGUUGCCUGGCAUAGUUGACUACAAAAUGGAUGAUAUAUUUUCUUUAACUAGACCCUUAGUCAGCUUUACAUGGGAUGAUCAUGGCGACACUGCGUCCAGCAUGGCGACACUGCGUCCAGCAAGGCGACACUGCGUCCAGUAUGGCGACACUGCGUCCAGCAUGGCAACACAGCGUCCAGCAUGGCGACACUGCGUCCAGUAUGGCGACGGUGCGUCCAGUAUGACGACACUACGUCCAGUAUGGCGAAACUGCGUCCAGUAUGGCGAAACUGCGUCUAGUAUGACGACACUGCGUCCAGUAUGGCGACACUGCGUCCAGUAUGGCGAAACUGCGUCCAGUAUGGCGACACUGUGUCCAGUAUGGCGACACUUCUGUCCAGUAUUACGACGCUACGUCCAGUAUGGCGACACUGCGUCCAGUAUGGCGAAACUAAGUCCAGUAUGGCGACACUGCGUCCAGUAUGGCGAAACUGCGUCCAGUAUGGCAACACAGCGUCCAGCAUGGCGACACUGCGUCCAGUGUGGCGACACUGCGUCCAGUAUGGCGACACAGCGUCCAGCAUGGCGACCCUGCGUCCAGUAUGACGACACUGCGUCCAGCAUGGCGAUACUGCGUCCAGCAUGGCGACACUGCGUCCAGCAAGGCGACACUGCGUCCAGUAUGGCGACACUGCGUCCAGCAUGGCAACACAGCGUCCAGCAUGGCGACACUGCGUCCAGUAUGGCGACGCUGCGUCCAUUCAUUGUUCACACGAACAACGUUUUCGAGCUCGCAUCAAAACAGAGAGUGCAGUCCGAUAGUAAAAUGUACCGAUACACCUCAGCAUCGCACCAGGGUAGAACUGGGUCGACUCCGAGAAAGGAAGGAGCGAGAAGUUCAAGUUUGACGACUAGAGACACCAGACCAAACUAUGACGUCAACUCUGAACUACUGGCUUUUGAGGCUAUCGCCGAGAAAACAAUUACAAAACCAGACACUGAUAGUGAUAUGGAUGAAACGAACAUGCGUCCGCGAAGACUUUUUCUGAGAGGUCAAAUGAAAUACAUGACACAUUGGAACUGCAUGAUAUACCUAGCCACUCCUCUAAUGCCAAAUUUGGACGCGAUGUUUCGUACAACUAUUUUUGUCAAUGACCUUGCCAUGCAUGAUUCGAGUAGGGAUCUUGUUUUGGCUGGAACACAGCAGUCUGUCGAACUAAAACUGGCUCUUGAUCAGGAGCAAAGAAAAAGUGCCAAAUUGGAGGAAAGCAUGAAAAAGUUGGACAUCGAGAUGAAAAGAACUGAUUCCUUGUUGUACCAGAUGAUACCUAGACAAGUAGCGGAGCGACUUCGAAGAGGGGAACCGGCCCUGAGUACCUGUGAGGUGUUCAAAGAUGUUACUAUUCUCUUCAGUGAUGUCGUGGGGUUUACGCAUAUAUGUUCCAUGAUCACGCCCAUGGCAGUGGUUUCCAUGCUGAAUGCCAUGUAUAGUAAAUUUGAUAAGCUUACAGAACAACACCAGGUCUACAAGGUGGAGACUAUUGGCGAUGCCUACAUGGUCGUUUCAGGAGCUCCCACUAAAACUAAAUACCACGCUGAACACAUUGCGGACAUGUCCCUGGGUAUGGUGCAGUGUAUGCAAGAGUUGAGAGAUCCUUCCUCGUCUGACACCAUGAAAGUCAGAAUCGGUAUACACUCCGGGAUGGUUGUCGCUGGUGUCGUUGGUUUGAAGAUGCCGCGGUAUUGUUUGUUUGGAGACACCGUCAACUGCGCAUCGAGGAUGGAGACCAGUGGAGAUACGAUGAAAAUACACAUGAGCCAAACCACCAAGGAUUAUCUUGCACACGCCCCUUAUAUAACUACACUGAGGGGAUCGCUUGAGAUUAAGGGUAAAGGAGAAAUGAAAACAUAUUGGUUACUGGGGAAACGUCGCAAAUCUGGAUCUGUGGGUAACAAAGACGCUACGACAGAUACACCAGAACAGACAACGAGAAACGCCGCCAGUGUGAUGGAGCUAGGUGCGUCUGAAGAUGAUGAAGAAGUAAAUAGGUCACGGAGAAAUUCAGAAGAAUACCAACAUGGUUUCCCAAUGUCGGCCGUUCCAAAACAAAUUGACUCGGAUUCACAAUGUAUGGAUGGUGUCUUUUCAGAUCGUAUAAAAACGAUCUUAGAUGGAAAAGACUUUCGUGAAAGGUCGUCAUCCGCGAAUUCGCACACUCUUCCGAAAACCGCCCUAGGUAACAAGAACAAUCCACAUCGCCGAAGUUCGGCAUCGUCAUUUUUAUCGGCUGAAUACACUCCGGUGAAUUUUACAGACGUUGAGGGCGCUGACGACAAAGGACUUACCAUGACGGAGCUAGAGCAAGAGGCUGAGUUGGAGCGAGAAAGACUGAAGGAGUUUGAGCGUCACAACAUAAACAUGGAUUACAAAAGAAGUGUUCAUCCCAUAGCGUCAAUGGGUACAAGUUCCGGCCAACAAACUAAGAACAGACAAUCCGACGAUAUGAGUGACACUGAACAAGAAGAUGUCCAGUUGAAUAACGUCCCAGACGGCGACGAUGCCGACUCUAGGACGAGUCUUGAACAACGAUCAGUGGAGGAGAGAGAAACGAAACAAUAUAACCGAUCGGACUCCCAGUAUCGGAUCAAAUCUCCCCCGCUACAAUCUAAUAGGAUUGUCGACGAUAGCCAAGAAGAUGCCGAGCGAAAUGGAAACAUUAGAAAUUCUCAAAAUAUCAUAGAGUUACAAAAUUCUAAGAGACUUCUGAACGACUACAAAGCUGAGAGUGAGUGCAAUGAAAAAGAUCGUAUAAACAAAACGAACAUUCCCAAAAGUGCUACAUGUAUUAUUUUAUGA